AUAUAUAUGGAAAGUACACAUUGCAGAGUUUAGGUGACCCUUAGUAAAGGAUGAAGCUUUUAUCCCCAAAAAUCAAACAAAAAGGCAAAAAGGCUAUGUAAGAAGGAUUUGUAUCUUCUUUGUGAAGAAGGGAAAAGUUUUCACUGUUGUGGCUUCUUCUGAAACUUACCAUGAAUAGCACCAUUAUACACCAGUACCAUUUUUCAUAAAGCAAAGUGGACCCCUUAAUGUCUACCUUACUUAGAUAUAAUAUUCAUCGUUUCCUUUCAUUCGACCUAUUUUACAGUCUACAGUUACAAAGAUGAACUCACAGUCAAGAACCCCAACUCGUCUUCUUCCCUCAAAAAGACAGUGAAAGGAUCCUGCAGUCUGAAGAAGAAUAGUGUGAAAUCGUACCUGAAAUAUUUACAAUGAGUAACAGCUUGUUACAUAGUCAUUAUUCGAGUGGUGGAAUCCCAUCAGAGAUUGCUGAGAAUCUAAAAGAUUUUUUUCCUGAGGAUGGCGAUUUGAGUUAUGAAGAAGUUCUUUUGCAACAGGAAACUGUUUACUUAUCAUUUCAAGCAAAUGGAAAAAACAAGAGUAUGAGCUCUGAAUACGGUCAAACCAGUAGCGGGCAUCCGUUAUCAGCACAAAAGGGUGCUUCUUCUCAAAGCCCUGACUCACAGUUGGCUCUGGAUGAAGCUAUAGCUAGAUCUUUGCAGUUGGGGGAUGAUUUUGAGGAUUUCUGUAGAGAUGAGCUUAAUUCUACUGUGGCUGGCAUCAGGGAAUCCCCUCCUAGAGAAUCACCUCCGGCUGAGAAUCCGAACACGAGGAGACAAGAUGAUAUUGAUCCAGAUAGUAUGACCUAUGAGGUUGUUUACUCAGAUAAAUCUUGCUCUUCUAUCUUUUGCCACCAGGUGAAUUUUCUUUUAUUCCAUUUCGAUUGUCUUCUUUCAUUUUUGGUAGGAAUUGCAGUCUUUAGGAGAAGCUGUUGGCCAGCAGAGCAGAGGGCUUUCACAAGACCUCAUAAGUCGUUUACCAAGUUUCAAAUACAAGACUGGAUUCUUCUCAAAGAAAAAGAAGAUGGGAGAGUGCGUUAUAUGUUAUGCUGCAUACAGAAGCGGAGAUAUGUUGACCACUUUGCCUUGUGCACACAUGUUUCAUUCAGAAUGUAUUAACCGCUGGCUAAAAGAAAGAAAGAAUUGCCCCCUCUGUUAUGAAGAGGUGAAAGAUGAAUGACCUUGCUGAUCCAAUGCGUUGUUGCUCAACUGAUCUGCCUUCAAACAUCACUUUUCUUUCAUGUAAUAGAGAGUAUCAGCCUCCUUUAAGGGCUUAUAUUUGGUUUGUAAAUAUCCUUGUGGUUUGAUUCCCCAUAUUUCACUAUCUGGACACAUGAAUGAGACCAUUAAGCAAACAGAACUGUCUAGUCCUGCUCUUGGUAUCAGCAUAUCUUGCUAGACAUUGACUUUUCAACAUUAUGCCCCUAAACUAUGUGAAAUUAAGCGGAUAUGUACGUAGUGGUAAUACUUUAGCACAAAUAUCCAAUACUUUGGUUCAAAUUUGUCCUUAUUUUAAAUGCACUCACCAAUUAACUA